AUGUUUUCCCACAUGGUUACCAUCCAAGAUAAUAUAUACUCCUCGGAAAAGCUCCAUUCGCCACAAGAAGCAUCACAGCUUUUAAGUGGCGGCAAACAGGCAGAGCCUUCUUCUUUUGCAACCCCUUUCCUUCCCUCCCGUCAAUUUACGCCCGCCAUGAUGGCGUCGCCUGUGCCUGACACCAAUGCCGAGUCUGAGGGCGAGAUGGAUUUUUCUCGCUACAUUGACAUUCCUUUGUUGGUGUCUGACAACGAGGAGGAGGACUCAGACAAUGACGCCUCGCAUUCGACCAAGCGCAGUGUUCCGUUUGAUCACGAAAAUACGCCACCUCCUUCUCUGGCUGUGCGUGAAUUGAAACGUUCCAUUUUGAAAGACGAAGUUGCGCAACCAAAGGCAGAGCCGGAGGUUGAGACCCUUAAACCUGAAGUCGCUCCGGUUUCAGAAGAAAAGAGCGAGAACUCAUGCGAGCUCGAACUGGAACGCUCGAAAGUGAUGAAAAUCGUUGUCAAGUACAUUGCUAUGAAAAUCAGAAACUCGUUUCCUCCAGAAAAGCCCUCGCACGAGAGACACAAACGAAAUGCCGCUUGA